UUGCAGAGCAACAAAAGUAAGCAAGAAAAAGAACUUAGAGCUAUACAAGCUCGACUUGAGGACCAAGUCCGCCAACAGCAGCAACAUCAACUUCGGCAGCAGCAGCUACAGCAGCAGCUACAACUUCAACAACUUGACCUACAACGACACAGGCUCAACUCUCCGGCACUGACGAACACACGCCGCAUGGCCAUAGUUCCACCAAUCCAGCGUCAACCCACCGAGGGGGACCUGAACCCAACCCUCUCGCAGCAUGGCAUGGGUGAUGUCAAGCCCAGUCAGUGUGCUGGAAUGCAGCAUGAGAAUUCACUGGACCUUGCAGGUGGUGGGAAAUCAAUGCCAGUUACCGCUUCUUUAAGUGAUCCUGGCACAAAGCUCAAUUCUCUCCAAGACUCAAGACUCCCGACCAAGCACAGGCAGGAUUCUACCACUUUAAGUGUUGGUGGUCCAGCCACACAGAACCGCAGUCUUCAACACCAGUCAACACAACCAUCUCCCUACAGUCUGCACCAUCACCACCACCAUCAUCACCAUUAUCACCAUCAUCCCAUACCACCACCAUGUCUGUCGCAGCAACAGCAUGUGGAGUUCUCUGGUCCACUCAAGGGGACGCCCCCACCGCCUCCACCACCCUACGGUUCAUUUGAAAACUCCAUGUUCUCUUCAGCCCUGGCACCAGGAGCCCUCAGCAUUUCCGUGACCACUGGCAACAACUCUCUGUCUUCUCCCAUCAUCUGCGACACAUCACCCGUGUCUGUGGACGAGUCCCCCAGCUGCGCCAGUGAUGCAUCGUCUGGUUACCACAGCCUUUCACACGGAGUGGAAGCUAACAAUGGCUCAACCGUCGGCCAGUAUGCUAAAGCGCACUGCCUUGACAUGCCCACAUCCACCCUCCCACCCUACAGCUCCAAAACUCCCCCUUCUUUUGGUCAGUCCCACCAAGGGUCUGUCAAGUCACCUGACUUCAUGUCCAGCAGUAAAUCUCCUUCUACUUGA